AUGGCUGGAUAUUCAACGAAAGGAGCUCCAACAAAUGGAUCAGUCUACGUUUCCAAUCUCCCAUUAGGAACUGAUGAGAAUAUGUUGGCUGAGUAUUUUGGAACCAUUGGGUUGCUUAAGAGAGACAAACGAACUGGUACUCCCAAGGUAUGGCUGUACCGAGACAAAGAGACUGAUGAGCCGAAAGGAGAUGCUACUGUUACCUAUGAGGACCCGCACGCUGCUUUGGCUGCUGUCGAGUGGUUCAAUAACAAAGAGUUUCAUGGAAGCAUCAUUGGAGUUUUCAUGGCCGAGUCGAAGAAUAAAAAUGCAGUUGAUGCGACUGAGUUUGCUGGAUUCGAGGAGGGUGAUAAGGAGAUAAGCGAAGGUGCUGGAAGGGGGAGAGGUCAGGCUGAUUCUUCCGCUAAGCCAUGGCAGCAAGAUGGUGACUGGAUGUGCCCUAAUACAAGUUGUACAAAUGUGAAUUUUGCGUUCCGUGGUGUGUGCAACCGCUGUGGAACUGCUAGACCAGCUGGUGCAUCUGGUGGCAGCAUGGGGGCUGGUGGUCGUGGAAGGGGUCGAGGUGGAGGUGCUGACGGUGGGCCACCAGGCAAGCAGCCUGGCGCUUCUACUGGUCUUUUUGGUCCAAAUGAUUGGUCUUGUCCAAUGUGUGGCAAUGUCAACUGGGCUAAGCGUUUAAAAUGUAAUAUCUGCAACACCAAUAAACCGGGUCAGAAUGAAGGUGGUGUGAGGGGAGGUCGUGGUGGUGGUUACAAGGAACUGGAUGAGCAAGAAUUAGAGGAAACAAAGAGACGCAGGCGUGAGGCUGAAGAAGAUGAUGGUGAAAUGUAUGAUGAGUUUGGCAAUCUAAAGAAGAAGUACCGUGUUAAAACACACCAAGCUGACACCAGACCUGCUGUUGCCGCUGGUCGUGCUGGGUGGGAAGUCGAGGAACUAGGGACAGGCAGAGACAGGCAAAGAGACCGUGGCGAUAAGCGUAGAGAUCAUCACUACGAUAAGGAUAGACGCAGGAGCAGAAGCAGAAGCCGAGAGAGGGAAAGAGGCAAAGAGCGUGACUAUGACUAUGACCAUGAUCGGGACAGAGACAGAGACAGAGAUUACGGUCGUGGAAGCAGGUACCGUAUCUGA